AGGGCGAGGUGGCGCACUGGGGACCGGGAAUGCCCGGGGCGCGGGACCCCAGAGCCGCCCUGUGGCUGCGUCUGGGCUAUGGCUCUCCGGCUGGUCGCCGAUUUCGAUCUCCGGGAGGAGGUGCUCCCGUGGCUGCGGGCACAGCGGGCUGCUGGGGUCGGAGGCGGCGGCGCAGAUGCUUUGGAAGAUAUUUAUCAGAGUUUGCGUGUACUAAAUGUUGAAAGAAAUGGAAAUAUUAUUUAUACCUAUAAGGAUGAGAAGGGACAUGUCUUCUUUGGAUUACAUGAUUGCCAAGCCAGACAAAACCAGCAUCUUUACACAUUUGAGAAAGACUUGCAAGUUAUUAGCUGCUCUGUCAACAGUGAAAAAACUCUGCUUGCUGCAAGUUUAGUUCAAUCUACUAAAGAAGGGAAGAAGAGUGAACUUCAGCCAGGAUCAAAGUGCUUAACUUUGUUGGUUGAAAUCUAUCCCAUUAACAAUGUGAAGGUUCUUAAAGCAGUGGAUAGCUGUAUUUGGGUACAGUUUCUCUACCCACAUGUGGAAAAUCAUCCUUUCUCAGAGAACCAUCUGUUACUGAUUUCAGAAGAGAAGUAUAUCGAAAAAUUCCAUAUCCAUGUUACCCAAGAAGAUGGAAACAAAGUGGUUAUUAAAAAUUCUGGCCACCUCCGAAGAGAGAGAGUAACUGAGGAUUUUGUUUGGGCUCAAUGGGAUAUGGCAGAGCAGAGAUUAUACUACGUUGACCUGAAGCAGUCAAGAAGUGUCUUAAAAUGUAUCCAGUUUUAUGCUAAUGAGGACUUUAACUUAAUGUUUGAAGCUACCUUGGACAUAUCAUUAAGUAAAUCAGGAUUUGGGCUUGUCAACUUUGGAUGCAAUGAUCUUCAAGACAAAGAAAAACUAUCCAAACAUUUUACUCUCUGUGUUUUUACCAACCGUACAGGAAGCUUAUGUGUGUGUUACAGCCCGAAGUUUCAAUCCGGGGAACAAAUCACAUAUUCAGUAUUUUACUUUCAUAAAGGUCACAGUAAGACAUUCACUGCUGCUCUUGGGAGUGUGGACUCUCAGAUGCCAAAGGACAUAACUUUUCUCAAUCUUGACUAUUACUUGGCUGUUUACUUACCUGGGCAUUUUUUUCACUUACUUAACAUUCAACAUCCAGACCUGGUCUGCCACAGUCUGUUUCUGACAGGAAACAAGGAAGCAAUUGAUAUGCUACCUCAUGAUCCUUUACAGUCCCUGACAGCGUCCCUGGUGCUGGAUUGGUGUUCUGGAAAGCUCUGUAGAGUGUUCCUUAACCAGUCGUAUUUGUUACAGUUCCUAUGGAAUACAAAGUUAGACUGUGAGAAGAUGGCCGUAUUGCACUGUGUGCUCUCUUGUGCUGGAGAUGCGUGGUUCCGGGAAGCCAAGAUUAUUCAAUGGAUUUCUGAGAACAUCUUUGCCUACCAUUCAUUUGACCUCAUUCAGGAAUUCAUAAUUGCUUCUUCAUAUUGGAGUAUAUAUCCAAAAACUAGUAACAUGGAUAAACUUUUGCCAUAUUCUUCACUGAUCAGCUGGGAUACAGAAAUUCCUGGAUUAGCCCAUGUAACAGAAGAAAUCACGUUGCCUCUUAUGAAGGUGCACAGUUUUAAAGGCUACUGGGAAAAACUGAAUGCCAACCUGGAAUAUAUUAGGUACUCCAAGUCCCACUUACGCUAUAAUAACAGCGUGAUCAAGAGAGAGUGGCACAGACUCAUCUCAGAAAAGAAAAACAACAAAAGGGGAUCCAAUGCAUAUGUGAGGAAUAUUCUUGAUAAUGCAACAAAGGUUAUUUCAACCCUAGAAGCAAGACAUUUGGGGCCAAGAUUAAUACCCCUCUUCCAGGAGGAAGACAAAUGUCAGAGGCUGCUUAUAGGACUGAUGGUGUCUGAGCUUAAAGACCAUCUUCUGAGACACCUACAGGGAGUAGAAAAGAAGAAAAUAGAACAGAUGGUUCUGGACUACAUUUCAAAACUGCUGGAUCUCAUUUGCCAAAUUUUGGAGUCCUGUUGGAAGAAACACAACCUUCAACCCUGGAGUCUCCAUUUCAACAUGCAGGCUAGUGCUGCUGAAUUUGCAGUCUUUCACAUCAUGACCAGACUUUUGGAAGCUGCUAACAGUUUAUUUUUACCUCUGCCUCCUGGUUUUCACACUCUGCACGUGAUCCUUGGUGUCCGUUGUCUGCCUUUGCAUAAUUUGUUGCAUUACAUUGAUAGUGGCGUGCUACUUCUCACAGAAACAGCUGUCACAAGGCUCAUGAAAGAUCUGGACAAUACAGAACAAAAUCAAAAACUAAAAUUCAGCAUCAUUGUGCGUCUUCCUCCGCUUAUUGGUCAGAAAAUCUGCCAACUUUGGGAUCAUCCCAUGAGUUCUAACAUUAUCUCACGGAACCAUGUGAAAAGACUACUUCAGCACUAUAAGAAACAGCCUAGGAGCUCUCUGAUUAACAAGUCAUCGUCCAGUAUAGACUUUCUGCCUUUGAAUUACUUCAUUGAAAUACUGACAGAUAUAGAAUCUUCCAAUCAAGUUCUAUAUACUUUUGAAGGACAUGACAACGUUGAUGCAAAAUUUGUAGAGGAAGCAGCUCUGAAGCAUUCCACAAUGCUUUUAGGCUUAUGAAAGAGAAAAUGCAAUUAAUGGAUCAACUUUCAAUAUCCAAGUCUUGUUCUCUAGUUCAACUUCUGUUGAAAAUUAUCUAGCAGUAUUUAAAACUGGUAGCCAAAAAUACACUGUUGAACCAUAUGGAUUUCAGUUUGGUACUUGUUCAGACAGAACUAUAAAAUGCUGUAACUUAUCCUACUUUUGAGCAGCAGAUGAGCAAUCAAAUAUAGAGAAAUGAUAAACUACCCAAGGACGUAUACAGUAAUAUAAAUGACACUCUUCCUAAGUAAUGAAUAACUUUCCUGGUGGCUUCAUAGGCCAAAUUGCACUCAUAAAUAAAAUAUACUUUCAAGAUGUAGAGAACAGUGCUUAGAAGAACAAAAAUGAGACUGUCAUUGAAAAAUAAUAUAUAACAAGCAGAAGAAUGAAAUGGUGCAUGAAAAUUCUAAUUGGAAAGAGGCUACUUUUUUAAAGAAGUAAAUUUAGACUAAAGCAGAUCUGCUUUUCCCAGUGGAAACAUGCAGCAUAUGUGCACAUAAAGUGCUUAUAUAAAGGGUUUGUUUCUGAUGGUUCAGAUGGGUUUAUAUUUAAUUUUAAGCUUUUAUAAAGUAUAAAUUUUUAAUGUAGUUCUUAUUUAAAAAACCGAAAUUUUAUACUUUUCUUUGAAUGGAGACUUCUUAUCCCACUUAGGAAUCUUGAGUUCAUAGACAUCUUCUCCAAAGAUCCCCAGUAUACCUAAGUAGUCCUCUCACCCUUCUUUUCCCUUCUUUUCUACAGACUUCGAGUGACCUAUAAGUACAAUGCCCUCCAGUGUCUACAUAACCUUUACUUAUCCUUUCUCUCUUCAUGCAUACUAUUCCCCUCAGUGUAGGUAUGAAGUCUUAAUGAUUAUAUUUAUCACUUGCCCGUAUAAAAAUACAACUUCUUCUAAAAUCAUCAUGCUCUAAAAAUUGUCCCCUUGCAGAAUUUCUAUUUUAGUAUCCAAGGUUUGAAAUUGUAUAACUAUGUUAUUUUUAAAAAUAUUUUUUAUUUACUUGUUAAUGGAUAGAGGUAGAGAGAAAUUGAGAGGGGGGAGAUAAAGAGGGAGAGAGAGUCAGAAAGACACUUGCAGCUUUACUUUUACCACUCAUGAAGUUUCCCCCUGCAAGUGGGGACCAGGGGCUUGAACCUGGGUCCAUGUGCACUGUGAUGUGAAUACUUAAUCAGAUGCACCACGGCCUGGCCUCUUAUAGCUGUGUUAUUAAGGCAGUAGUGACUUUUUUCUCUCUCUCUUGUUAAGGUCAUUAUUUUCUACCCUACUCUGAUUUUUAUACCUGGGUUGUUUCAAAUGCUUUCUUUCUUUCUUUCUUUCUUUCUUUCUUUCUUUCUUUCUUUCUUUCUUUCUUUUUUUUGAAUGAACUUUGUAUAUAGCCUCCUUUAUUGGGACUUAAAAGCUAAAAAAAAUCUGAGCAAAGCAUCUUUUGCUGCUUUUAGUUAUGCUUUGUGAGGAAUCCAAUGCUUUCUUAAGUCUAAUAAGUUUAAUUCAUCCAUGCAUAUUUGACAAAAUACUAUGAAUAGCUUGGUUCUACCAUUACUUUCCUUAUAAUCUUAUAGUAACUUUCCAUUAACUAUAGGAUGAAACCCAAGUUUCCAUGCUGGUCAAAGUCAUCCAAAUACUGGUUUUAUUCAAUUCUUCAGUAUGAACAUUCUUUUCCAGCCAGGCCAGUUCACUGGGCCUUUAACAUAAUGUGAUUUUUUUUCCAAGCACUGCUUGGGGGCAUUUCAAUUUUUUUUUUUAAUUUCUUUAUUGGAGGAUUAAUGGUUUACAGUUGACAGUAAAAUAUAAUAGUUUGUACAUGCUUAACAUUUCUCAGUUUUUCACAUAACAAUUCAACUCCCCACUAGGUCCUCCUCUGCUGUCAUGUUCCAGUAUUUUAAGCACCCCUCCCACCCCCAGUCUUUUACUUUGGUGCAAUUUAAAAAAUUUUUAUUUUUAUUAUUUUAUUGGGAGGCUAAUGGCUUACAGUCAAGUUGCUGACACAUGGGUACAAUAUCUUAUCUCUCCAAGACAGGUGUUAUUGUAAAUAAAUAGAAGACUUCUGGGGGUGGCUUGGCACAGGUUUGAGACAACCAGUAGUUUUUUAGGUACACCAAAAAAAGCAGUGGGACAGAGAUAAGACUAAACCAGGCCCAUGAGUCCAUAAGUUAGUUACCAGAGUUCAGAUACACGUGUUUAGUCUCCCAAGAGAGGCAGCAUGGUGGGUCCUGGGGAAGGAAGCAGGUACCAAGAGGGCACGGGGGGGGG